AUGCCUUCUUUCCAAGUAUACCAAUCGUCAAAAGAGCGACCAGAUACUUUGUGCCAGUUUAAGGCUGAUCCUGCUAAUCGUGAGGUGGCGUUGACUAAGGUGAGAGAUGGAGUCCAGUGUGCGUGUACUGAAAUGCGUUCAACUUCUUUAACCCAGUCGCAAACAUUUUCGAUUUUUUUUCCAGAGAAUAAAGAUAUUGCUUUAGCAGUAUCGUUAGUGGAAAAGAUUUGUACUUGA